ACGCGUUCAUACCGACUAUACCCGGCUUAUUGCUUCCGGGCAUCGCCCACAUAUGAUACCUGGGUGAAGCUCACCGCUGCUGAUGUGCAAGGUCUUGGUUCCGAGCCCGAAUUUCGAGCAUAUAUACUUCUACCUCAAUCACCCGAUUCGAUUCGUCCGCCUCGUCGGCGUCAUCGUAGCUAUCGAUGACAUUAACAUCAAGUACACCGUCCUCACCAUUGAUGACGGGAGCGGCGCAAACAUCGAACUAAAAAUCGUUCGAAUUCCUCCAGCAGAACACAACCCUGGCGACGCAGCGUCAAACACUACCAUCACUACCAUUGACAACGUCAAUGUCGUCAGUCAGUUUGGAGUCUUCGAGGUCAUGGUGGACAAUCAGCCAUUGGAUAUUGGGACAGUCAUAAAGGCAAAGGGCACGAUAUCCGAAUUUCGAGGCAUCAAGCAGUUGGAUCUGAAAAGAGUGUGGAUAGUUGCUACAACGAACGAGGAGGCACAUGCCUGGGCUGAGGCUGCUGCGUUCAAGCAGGAUGUUCUGUCGACUCCAUGGCACAUAGAUUCAGCGGAGCAUAAGAAAAUCAAAAGCAUGAUCAAAGCAGAGAAGAAGAAGUUGCAAGACUAUGAAAUUCGCAAGGCGGAGCACGAAGCUAAGAAGAAAGAGCAGAAGGAGGCCAGGGAACUGUAUAUGGCGCAACGAGAGGCUAGGCUCGAGUUGCGACGGCGAAAGGAGGAGGUCAUGAUGAACGCAGGUGCUUUGAGAUAGGGCGCGCUGGUGUUGAGAUACCGAGCUCGCUUGCCCAUGGGCUAUCUAUACAAGCACAACGUAAGACCUCAGUCUGAUGGGGAAGCCUACAUGCGGUUCCUGUACAUGACUUUUUGGUAUACCUCCAUAAUCUCCCACUCCCCAACUGGGCCCCGAGUUAUUUUCUACAGCUGUCCGCCCUCGCAAUGACAUUCCACUCUACGUUUCCAACAGCUGAAUCCCCUCCAAGCUCUUGGUACUGGCCGAGCUCGACUACGAUGCUGUCUCUACCUGGGGCGGUGCAACCGAUCGGGAGACG